UUGUGUAACAGGCGGUACACUAUAUGUAUGAAAGAAAAAAAGUUGCAAGAAGCUUAAAGAGUUCUUAUACACAAGAUAGGAAUAACACAUAGGUGUUUGGUGGAGACGUAGUUUGUUUGGUCUAACUGACUUGGACUUACCAUACCGACGACAUAUUACGACUACAUGUAGAAUGUAGACGACCUGAGUUUGGAUACCGAUGGACUGAUUGCUGUGGUUCAAUCAUGAAGCGGUGUGGUUCCCGAUUUUUACAGAUUCUGGUGUUUCUGUUGCUAAGAUGUACUAUGGCCCAGAAUUUGUGUGGGUCUAAAUACAUCUGUGGGGACGGGACCGAGUGUGUCUUCUUCUUCUGUCCGUGUGUGGAAAGUAGCGAGAAAGACCCGUGGGAAAUACGAGAGGGGGAGAUAACUGACGGACGACUGACACUAUACUGUCGAAAGUUGUGUAACAUGGACACACCAGUUUGUCCUGCCAAUAGAUUGUGCUCCACAAACCAGUGGAAUAGGUCUUACUGCGAAUGUCCUCCCGGGCUUGUGCCUUCAAUGUUUGGACAAUGUGUGGACCCUAAUGCUACGUCCACUAUCCCAUCAACUACCGGGAAAACAGCUCCUACUACAAGCGUCACACAGAAGUCUACUGCAACAACCGGUGUAACAACAACAACAACAAGUACAACAACUUCAACAACAACCAGGAACCCUACAUCAAACAUCUCACAGAGAGCCACUGCAACGACCGGUGCAACAACAACCGGUAAGUGUCCAGUUUGGUAAUCUCUCUCUGCUAUAGGAUCUCCCAUAGAUGUUAAGAUGAGGACAGCGGGCCAACGCCUCAAACUUGAUUUCAGUCCGAAGACGGAUACCAGAUUUAAAGAACUUUAUUUUUGUAUGAUUUGAUUGUUUGACUACUACUUAGACUUUAAUAUUUGGGGACGUUCAUUUAAAGGAAGCAAAUCGUGAAUCCCUCUUCAAUAGCUGUACCAGUGAUGUGAAAACAGUGCAUUAGAUCACAGAUAAGUAGGUACGGUAGUUCACUAAUAAUUCACUAACAAUAUUUGCAAUUAGGCUUUUUCAGAUGUAUUCUUAGCCUAAUUUUUUUGCACAUGUAUUUGCUAAGGGAAACCCACGACAACCAUCACCCAGCAGGCCACUCCAACAGCAGGUUCAACAACAACAGCUACAACAACAACCCGUACAACAACAACAGCCAGAAGUAAUGUUACACAGUCUACUUUCAUGUCAAACUCUCAGUCAGUGACCAACGUGACAGACGUGCUACUGAACUCUACGGCGCAACCAG